AUGGUCAAAGCUGUUGUUACUUUCGAACAAUCUUCCGAAUCCGAUCCAACCACUAUUUCCUGGGAAAUUUCCGGUAACGAUCCAAAUGCUCUGAGAGGAUUCCACAUUCACCAGUUUGGUGACAACACCAAUGGAUGUACUUCUGCUGGUCCUCACUUCAACCCAUUCGGCAAGAACCACGGUGCUCCAGAGGACUCUGAGAGACACAUUGGUGACCUCGGCAACAUCACCACCGACGCCAACGGAUUGGCUAAGGGUGCUAAGCAGGACUCUCUCAUCAAGCUCUUGGGUGAGAACUCCAUUUUGGGAAGAACCGUUGUUGUUCACUCCGGUACCGAUGACUUGGGUAAGGGUGGCAACGCCGACUCUCUGAAAACUGGUAACGCCGGUCUGAGACCAGCUUGUGGUGUUAUUGGUUUCGCUGCUUAA